AUGCCCAAAGAUUGGGCAUCUCCCGCAAAUGCUAAAUUCGAAAAAAAGAGCGGAGAGCAAAGAAUCAAAGCGAAUGUUGUAAAUUUUUUAAAACAAUUUUUUUUAAAUAGAAAUCUAAACCCCAAGGAUAAAAUGACAGCCAAGGAGAUGCAUAAGGAACUGUUGAGGGAAUUUGAUCAACAAGGAACAGCCAUCGCACUUGAAACUUUUAAAGCUGUGAGUUCUCCGAAUGAAGAAAAUUA